CCUCACAAGAAAAAGAGAGCUAGAAAAGCAGAUCAUGGCUUACCUGGUGAUAAAGGAGAUAAUGAAUUGAAACAAUUGGCAUAUGAUACUUUAGAUACUUCAUUACUUGAAUUAUCAAUCCGCAUUAAACGAUUAGAAGCAGAAGAAGCAACAACUCCUCCACCAAAUAAUCCUCAAAGUAAAACUGAAAUUCAACGAGUUAAAGAAAUGAAGGAACGUCAACGACAAUUAUUAGGUAUGGUAUGGUUACUUAAAUCAUGUGAAGCUUCACCCACCGCUGUUGUACCUAGAAAUAGAAUUUAUGCUAGAUAUAGUGGAAUGUGUGCUGAUAAUGAAAUUACUCCAUUAUCUCCAGCAAGUUUUGGUAAAUUAGUUCGGAUCUUAUAUCCUGAUUUAAAAACUAGAAGAUUAGGUAUGAGAGGUCAAUCCAAGUAUCAUUAUUGUGGAAUCAAAUUGAAAUCAGAUCAAAAUUAUGAAAUGCCAACUCAGACUCCUCAACCUCAUCAUUCAUAUUCAAGAAGUCGGACAUUACUUGGAGAUUUAUCAAGUGGAGGUAGACAUGAUGCUUCACCAAUUUCAUCAUCUAAUUCUUCAAUAUCAUUUGAAGAUACUCCAGUACCAGUAUCACAUUUACGUACUCCAUCAUAUACUCCAAUAAAUUCUCCAUCUAUUGCCUUUUCUGGAACAAUUGGUCAUCAAUUACCUCUGGUAUCUCAUCUUAUGCAUGUUCCAAACAUUGUGGAUUUACUUAAUCUGAAUGAUUCAGGAAUUUCUAAUCCAAAUGUUAAAUUAGAAUUACCUUCAAUUUAUCCAUACUUACCUGCUGAAGCAGAUAUCGAUCUUGCUGAUACCCUUUAUUCACUAUAUAAAGUUCACAUCAACACAUUGUUUGAAUCCCUUCGAUUUAUGAAAUUAAAAUUAUUCUUUGGUAGUUUUGCUAGUUUUAAUAGUAUUUUAACUACUCCAGUAUUAAAAUUAUAUACUAGUGAUUCACUAUUAGAAUGGGUUAAACUUUGUGAUGUAAUUAUGUAUAAAAGAAUGAUUCGAAUGUUGGCAAAAUUACAACUUCAAUUUGGUAUACCACAAGAAGUUAUUGGACAAUUGCGUCAAAUCUCUUCGGGAUUUGUUAAUACAAUGACUAAUAAUUUAAUUAAUUUGAAGGCAUCCAAAACGUUUGUAAUUAUGAAAUUAAAAUUAGCUAAACAUUUUGUAAAUAUUUUAAAUCGGUUAGUUAAAAUCAUUGUCACGGGACAAGCAGCAUCAAGAAUUUUAACUGAACCAAUUCAAAAGGAAGCUAUGAUUAAGGAUUGGUUAAAAUUAGAUAUUAAUGAGAUUGUAUUACAUGAAUUACCAUGUAAUGAUACCAAUACCUCGAAAUUAUUAUCGAUACUUUCAGAAGAUUUCUUACGAUUAUUACGUUAUGAAGGUGAACCGGUACCUACACAACAAGUUCUUGAUCAAAUUAUGCAUAAAUUCAGCUCAUAUAUUGCUGAAUUGCCUGGCAAAUUCCCUGGCACAAAUCCAAGAUUAAUCAUAUUAUUAACUUGUAAUCUCUUGACUACUUGUUUGAGAGAAAUUAGUUUACACUCCAAUAGAACUGAUGAAGAUUCAGGUAAGGGAUUUGGAGCGUGGUGGAUCUUUAGAUGUUGGGUAGAUGAAUACCUUAUAUGGUGUUUGGAACUCGGAGGUUUCUUUCAGGAUGAGUUUAAGCCUGGUGCCAUAUCUUCUUCAUCAUCAGGUAGUGAUCAAGAAGGUGGACAAGGACAUGGACAAGGACAAGAUGCAAGUGAAGGACAUGGUCAGGGACAAGAUCCAAGUCAAGGACAUAGUCAUAGUCAAGGAGGACAAGGACAAGGACAAGGACAUGGCCACUUUGGAGGUAACUUGGCAGGAGUUUCCGGUGGAAAUGAGCCACUGACCCAUGAACCCAAACAGCAUCAUAGUCAUAGCAAUAUGGAUGCAACAGGAUCCUCUCACUAUGACUUGAGUAACUUGGAAGCCAACAUGUCUACCGGUGUUGUAGACUUACUCGAUGGCAACUAUGGCAGUGAUGAAAUGGCGCCCGAGUUCUCUUCCGAGAUAGUCUUGAAAUACGAACCUACCGUCAAUGAUAUAUUGUCGUGA